UGGGACCGUGUGCCAGGAAGGAAGUGGCUUCUCUCCCGACGGGGGCGCGUGCGGAUGGCGCGAGCCGGGCGCCGAGCGGCUGUCCCCGGGGGGACAGCGGGGCCUGGGGGCCCGGGACGGCCGCAGGGACGGCGGCAGCAGCUGCAGGGGAAGCAGCGCUCGGCGCCGCGGCCCAGGCCGCGCAGCAAAGAGAAGAAAAGCGUGAAUUGCAAGCCCAACAACCAGGAUGAACAGGAAAUCCCUUUUCGGCUCCGAGAGAUUAUGAGGAGCCGCCAGGAUAUGAAAAACCCCGUCAGUAACAAGAAGAGGAAGAAAGAGGCCCAGGCGGCCUUCAGAAGGACGCUGGAGAAGGAGGCGCGGGGCGUGGACCCGGACAUCGCCGUCCCCAAGUUCAAGCAGAGGAAGGGGGAGUCUGACGCGGCCUACGUGCAGCGCAUGGAGCAGGAGGCCCAGCACGUGUUCUUCCUCAGCAAGAACCGGGCCGACCGGCGGCCCGAGGCGCAGGCGGCGCCCAAGGAGAAGUCGGAGCGGAAGAAAGCGUUCCAGAAGCGGCGGCUGGAUAAAGUCCGGCGGCGGAGAGAGGAAAAGGCAGCGGACAGGCUGGAGCAGGAGCUGCUGCAAGACACGGUGAAGUUUGGCGAGGUCGCCCUGCAGCCCCCCGAGCUGACUGCCAAGCCCGGGGUGAGCGCGAGCAGGAACCAGCCUGGCAAGAAAUCGCUGAUCCUGGGGAUGCUUUUGAGCCCUGGUGGUGUGUCCCAACCUCCGGUGACCUCGAUGGCCCGGCAGCGGAUCCUGGCGGAGGAGAGCGCGCGGGCCGUGCAGGCCUACAGGGCGCUGAAGAAGCUGCGGCAGGAGCGGCAGGGUGCUCGGCCCGCCCGCCUCCCUCCCAAGAAGGAGCCAGAGACGGGCCCGUGACGGCGAGAGACCAGGGCCGCGGCCCGGCCUCGGGGAGAGCGGGCAGGGCCCAGAGACCAGUCCUUUCCCGGGACGCAGCCUAGGCCCCAGGGCCUGGCGCACCGGCUCCCUGUCCGGCAGGGCUCCGGGCUCUGCUCUCCUUUCCCUCCCUGGAGACCGCCCUCGCGACCACCCGCCAGGCCCACGCCUCAGACUGAGCCCAUCUGUCCUGGGCCCCUGUGGCGGAGGCAGCCAGUCCCACCCGACGUCACUGCCACGAGCCUGGCAGCGCCCGCACCCCCGUCCUGAACGCACGGCCCAGGCUGAGGGGUGCAGGCCCACCCCCUAGUCCUGUCCCCAGCUGCACUCCUUAGGCGGGGUGAGCCCGUCACAGGCCCCCCUGGGUUCCGUGGAGCGGCACAGCAGGAGGCAGGAGGGAGCCCGGGUGGGGGCCGGUCCGCACCAAGGCCGCCUGCUCACAGUGCCACUGUUAAGUCCCCAGAAGCACUCUGCACUGGGAAACCACCUUUGGAGAGUUACCUUGGCUGCUGCUAGGAGAGUAAGGUCAGUGUAGGGACUCGAGUGAUCCUAACAGGGCAUUACAGUAAGUUUCAGGGGGUUUUGGUUAGUUUAGUUUUUGGAGGUUCAUUGUUAGCUUAAGUUGCCCAGUACUUCGCCACUGGGAGAUCUUGGUCUUUGACACCGAUCUGAGCCUCAGGUCGCGAGUGUCCAAACCCGAGGUGCCCCCCUGAGACGCGGGCCCAGGCUCGGUCACGCUCCACUGCCCCCCUAGUGGGGAGGUGGGGUGUGGAUGCAGGGCCCAAGGUCGGGGUCCCGGAAGUGCGCACCGCAGCCAGGCUGGCACUGCCUGCUGACCGCUGCUGCGGACAGGCCUUGGAAACAAA